AUGCUAAAAAAAGUAAUGAGAGGAAUCAAAGCAACGAUUCAUGGAGGAACGAAAUAUGAAAGAUCAGUAAAAAAGAGUUUAAAAAAUGAUGAAGUACCUCCUAAAGAAAAACAUUUGAUAAGAAUAGUUAACGGAUUAAAUGAUUAGGAUGAUGAAACUUCUUUAAUUAAAGCAGAAGAGUUAAUGCAAUAAAAAUUUGUAGAAGCUAAAGAUUAAUCUUUAAUACUACAAAAAUUUAAAUUAUUAUUAGUCAUAGAUGUUGUAGCUGAUAAUAAAUAUUUAUGGAAAGCGAAGGAUGAAGAAAAAUUAACGAAUUGGAUAAAAGAGCACUUUCUAGAUUAAUAAGAUGUUAAUUUUGAUUCAAGUACAAAUGAAUCUAUAUAAAAUAUAAAUACAUUUUUACUAAAGUACUCUAUAUAUGUCAAGCACAAAAUAGCUUUACUACACAAUCUUAAUCCUUAUCACCAAAAUUAGUUGAGUUAGAAUACGACACCGCUAGAAGAAUUCUUCAACUGUGUUCAUUAAAUGAAUGAAUUUGAGGAUAUUAUUGUAGAAAAUUUUUUAAAUAAAGAUAUUACAGAUAUUGCUAAGACAAACGAUUUAAUAAAAUGUAUUAUAGUUAAUGUAUUUGCUACAGAGUGCUCUCUUUUUACCUCUACUUUAGUCCUUAUUGCUCUCUUUUCAGAAAGAUGUUUCUCAAGCAAUUAGUUUAUGCUUUAGUAGCUGAUCGAAGUCAUUAAUAUUUUUAUUAAAAAGAGUAAACGCUUUAUCAGUGUUCUUAAAAAUAUAGAAUUCCUAGGUUAAUUCUAGCUGCUCAUAUUUAAGCUCAAAACAUCUUUGCUUAGUAAAGAGUUUUUAUAAAUAUUCUAAAAAUUUAGCUAAAAUUCUACAAAUUCUUCCUUUGAAGAUUUAGAAGAGCUUAGAAAAUCUCUCUCAAAAUGCUUAACUAAAACAACUAUUGAUUUUUUUUAAUUAGUGCAAAAUAUUGAAAAAAAAAGUGCUUUUGGUAAAAUCUUUUAGCAACAGUAUUAGGAUCUUUUGAAUGAGGAAGAUCCUCACAGAGCUUUCAAAAAAGACAGGGACCAUCAAUUAGAUCAUGAUCCUUUCGAACUUUACUAAAACGUAUAUAGCAUUUCUAAAUGA